GGAAAAAGAACCCCCCCGCCCCGCGCCCCCGGAGACGCUGUAAUUGAGGUUGGGCGAGGAAGCCGGGAUUGCGGGAGGAAGUGUCCAAGUUUACGUCAUGUGCCUAAUAAGCAACUCAGGGACCUCCGGUCACUUAGGCUAAUGUUUGCUUCUAAAUUGGGUUUAUCCCAAUUUUUGUUGGGCUUAUAACUUCAAAAAUUAGAGGGGGAGAUAGGAUAAGAUUGAGGCAUAGUAGGGACCCAGAGGAUUGCCGCAAUGAAAAUCAUUUUUUUUAUGCACAAAAAAAUACUGCCUAGUUUGAUCAGAUAUCUUUUUGUGAUUUACAUACCCAAUGAGGACAUUAUAAACUAGUAAAUUUCGUUCAUAUAUAUGAUACAGAUCUCUUUCUACUCUUUUGGCUGGCAUUAGUAGGCGAGCAAUAAAGAUAUGGUGAUUAAAGCGGGAAAAUUUCUGCCCGCAAACGCCCUAGGUGAAGAAUAAACGAAAAGAGUGGAGGUUGUUGAUCUCCUGCUCUAGAGUCUGGUUGUUUAUUUUGAUACCUAAAUACAAAAGCCUGACAGCUGUGGGGUUAGUGUCUGAAAACCUGAAGUCAAGCGAUUUGGGUUGUUUGGGUUGGUAAUGAGCCACGGAGAACGCAAUUAAAUACAAUUGCCGGAGAUUCGCAUUCCCCGGCAGCCACGAAAACCAGGUGGAGUCGUGUUAUUGCCAGAAGGGCAAGAGAGGUGGGACGAGAAGGGAAAAAGAAGCUGAGCAAUCCUGGUAUCCAAGUCAGAGCGACUGCAGAGUAAGCAAGCGCAGAACCACACUCCACUGCCCCGAGCCCCAGGAAGAAAGCACACCAUCCCCUAAAACUCCAAUACCGUUGGGAGGAGGAAAGCCUCAAGGCGAAAAGGAAGGCCUUGACUGGAAAACGAGGAGAAACGCAGCCUUGGGAAGACUACACUGAAAGAAGACUGCGGUCUGAGGGAGGUAAAAAGCACCACAAAGGAGAGACCAUGUGCUUGCGUUUGUAGCACCUGAGAACCAAAACAAACCUGCGUGGCUCCGCCCAGUGCCCGUCACGUGACUUUCACGCGCGUGCAGCUCCCGGAAGAGCCCGGUAGCAACCCAGACAACUGCUUCCUGUGCUGCGGCUUCAGAUCCCGGGUUUUGGCCUUUCUGGGACCCCGGUCCGCCUUCAGUUCACUUUUGGGUUCGGGAGGAGCCCGGUAAUGCUGGCCAUGGCAGCAGGUCCCGGAGCGAUCACUGAUGCGAGCCCUGUAUCUGGAGCUGGAGAGGAGGAAGGCAGAAUGCAGGAGAGGAGAUAAUGGGGAAAGGUUGACUCAGCAACUUCCAGGUACCUCUGACCACUUCUGUCUACAAAGGAGACCAGGAAAUGUAGCUUUUUAGCUACUCCCAUUGCCCAGAGUUCUGUUAGUAAGGAAAAAGAGAACGGGAACCGGGUAAGGUAAAUAUGUCAAACCUUUUACACCAGAGAAAGCAAAAGAACUUAUAAUGUCUUUACAACAGCCUGCAGUCUUCUGUAACAUGGUUUUUGAUUGGCCAGCACAGCACUGGACUGCGAAACAUCUCUCAGAGGUCCUGCAAGGCAAGCAGAUUCGAUUCAGGAUGGGAAUGAAAAGCACAGGUACAGCGCCUCAGUUUGAAACCACGUGUAGUUACAUAGAAGCGACACUUGAAGAGUUUCUGACCUGGAACUGUGACCAGUCUACUACCUCUGAACCAUUUAGAGACUAUGAUCAUUCCAAAUUCUGGGCUUAUGCUGACUAUAAAUAUUUUGUCAGUCUGUUUGAAGACAAGACAGAUAUUUUCCAGGACGUGAAAUGGUCUGACUUCGGGUUUCCUGGAAGAAAUGGACAGCAAAGUACAUUGUGGAUCGGCUCCAUGGGGGCCCAUACACCCUGUCAUUUGGACACCUAUGGUUGCAACCUAGUAUUCCAGGUACAAGGAAGGAAAAGAUGGCAUCUCUUUCCUCCUGAAGAUACUCCUUUUCUUUAUCCGACUAGAAUCCCUUAUGAAGAAUCUAGUGUGUUCAGCAAAAUUAAUGUUGUCAAUCCUGAUUUAAAACGUUUCCCUCAGUUCCAGAAAGCUCGAAGGCAUAUGGUUACACUGAGCCCAGGACAGGUUCUGUUUGUUCCUAGACACUGGUGGCAUUAUGUGGAAUCCAUUGAUCGUGUCACUGUCAGUAUAAACUCAUGGAUUGAACUGGAAGAGGACCACCAAGCCCGGGUGGAGGAGGCCGUUACCCGCAUGCUUGUGUGUGCCCUGAAGACUGCAGAGAAUCCACAUAAUACCAGAGCUUGGUUAAACCCAACUGAGGUUGAGGCAACAUCCCAUGAAGUCAACUGUCGCUACCUGAAUGGAGCCGUUUCUGCUUUUUUGGAUCAUUACCGAACAUCAAAGGUAGCAGGAACCCAAGGCCUGAGAACAAAUGGAGAGAACACGAUAAAUGAAGCAUCAAAUGUGCACAGCCACCUGCAGGCAGAACAAACUGGUAGCCACAACUUAACUUCGGGAACAGUGAGACAGGAGACAGCAAGUCCCUUCGGCCCUGAUCUGGUUCCUGUGACACCAAGUUCCCAAGAACCAACCUCAGAAAGAGGAGGCAUAUUUGAAAGCGAUGGUGAAGACUCUGCUGGCAAAAAUGGAAAACAUUUUGGAAAACUGCAUUAUACCAAAAGGCAGCGCAUGAUGAAUGAACGUGAGGAUGCAGUUGUGGAACCAAUCACUGCAGGUUGUACUGUGGCCCCUUCCCAAACACUUAUUUCUACAGAUGACUUGCUGGACUGCUUGGUGAAUCCACAAGUAACCAGGAUAGUGGCACAACUUUUGAUUCAAGGAAGAAGCUUGUGACUCUACUAGAAAAUGACUUUUUAAAUAAUAUUUUAAGAGUGUUUUUUAAAUAAUAGGAUUUUAAAACAAAAGAUAGAACAGGAAAAGGUCAAUUUGCACAUGCAUAUACAUGUACUGUUCUUACCUAGUCACAUUUUAGUCUGUGGGCACCUUCUUGCAUACACAUCACUCUUUGGCCAACUUGGCUCUUUGUUUUCUUUGUAUACCUCUUUCUUCAGUGCCUUUGCCUUUCCUCUCCCAUCUCAUCCCUUCAGCCUAUCUCAAAUGCAAACCCCUAGUUUCUCAACAGGAAAUAGUUUCUCCAUCAGCCUCCAGCAGGGGUCAGCUUGUUUUUGUAAAUAAAGUUUUAUUGGAACACAGCCAUGCCAUUCAUUUACAGAUCGUCUGUGGUGACGUUAGGGUUACUGGGGCAGAAUUAAGUAUCCACAGAGACUACAUGGCUUGUAAAUCUGAAGCAACUCACUAUGUCUCCUUAUAGUAAAAGUUUGCUAACUCUUGAUCUAA